AAAAGAGCGACACGCUGACACACAAGUACACACUAAUACACACAUGCAUGCAUGUUCGCACACAAAGCCCCGAGCUUGUGGAAGCAGGAGGCACACUGUUCUGGAUUGUACACCUGUGAGGACUUAGAGGGAGGAGGGGAAGUUUGCGCACAGAUUACCCCCGAGCGCUCCGUGAGACGAUGCUCUCCUGCCCAGCCGCGCACGCUCCACACCGGAUUCGGUAAUUCCUCAGGUUACUCCCGCAAAUUACUCAACGAGGCCAAGAAUCUGAGACCAGAGAAUGCUCCCACAAGUCUUAAGGAUUUUAUAUGUCUUGUCUUUUUGCUUUUUUCAAGACAGCUUCAUAAGACCAGCCUCCUGUAAAGAGGAAAUAAAGUCCGGCGGCAAAGCCUCAAAGCUCAUGUCUCCAUCGGACUUCUUGGACAAGCUCAUGGGAAGAACGUCCGGGUACGAUGCCCGCAUCAGGCCCAACUUCAAAGGAGCAAGUGAUACUUCAACAGGUCCACCAGUUAAUGUCACCUGCAAUAUUUUCAUCAACAGCUUUGGGUCCAUCACAGAAACAACUAUGGACUACCGGCUGAAUGUGUUUCUACGGCAACACUGGAACGACCCGCGACUGGCCUUCACCGAGUACCCUGACAAUUCCCUGGACCUGGAUCCGUCCAUGUUGGACUCCAUUUGGAAGCCCGACCUGUUCUUUGCCAAUGAGAAAGGUGCCAACUUUCACGAGGUCACCACCGAAAACAAGCUGCUGAGAAUCUUCCAGAACGGCAACGUGCUCUACAGCAUCAGGCUAACGUUGAUCCUGUCCUGUCCCAUGGACCUGAAGAACUUCCCCAUGGACAUCCAGACCUGCUCCAUGCAGCUCGAAAGCUUCGGCUACACCAUGAAUGACCUGAUUUUUGAGUGGUUGGACACAGCCCCUGUCCAGGUGGCUGAUGAUCUGAUGCUCCCGCAGUUUGUUCUGAAGGAAGAGAAGGACCUGGGCUACUGCACAAAGCACUACAACACCGGUAAAUUCACCUGCAUCGAGGUGAAGUUCCACCUGGAGCGGCAGAUGGGGUACUACCUGAUCCAAAUGUACAUCCCCAGCCUGCUCAUCGUCAUCCUCUCCUGGGUGUCCUUCUGGAUCAACAUGGACGCCGCGCCGGCACGGGUGGGGCUGGGAAUCACCACGGUCCUGACCAUGACCACGCAGAGCUCCGGCUCCAGGGCCUCCCUCCCCAAGGUGUCCUACGUGAAGGCCAUUGACAUCUGGAUGGCGGUAUGCCUGCUGUUCGUGUUCGCUGCCCUGCUGGAGUACGCCGCGGUCAACUUCGUCUCGCGGCAACACAAAGAGUUCAUCAGGCUGAGGAAGAAACAGAGAAGACAGAGAAUACCUCUGGCUAGCCAACCGGGAAGCUUCGAGUCCCUGCGGAAAAUGACCGACCUGCCGGGCAACGUGUCCUUCUACAGCAACCUGCACCACCGCUGCAACGCCUCCAGCAGGGAGGAAGAGCUGGUGCGGGAGAGCCGGGGGUUUUACUUCCGCGGGUACGGACUGGGCCACUGCCUGCAGAUGAAGGACGCGGCGGCGGUGGAGGGCACCACCGUGUUCACCCAGCCCCCGCCCGUGGAGGUCCUGUACGACAGCGACGCCGUGCGCAAGCGCUUCGUGGACCGCGCCAAGCGCAUCGACACCAUCUCGCGCGCGGUCUUCCCCCUCAGCUUCCUCAUCUUCAACAUCUUCUACUGGAUCACCUACAAGGUGCUGAGGCACGAGGACAUCCACGCCGCCUCGUAAAGGGGUCCCCCGCGUCACCUCUGCCCCCCCAAACGCUAUUUGCUACGUUUCUUUUCCGUUUCUCUUUUCCUUUUCUCUUAGAACCAAAACUGCCUGUCGACUCUAAGAACAACACAAACAAAUGUGGAUAAAGCGUAUGUUGAACGGGAUUUCUUUUGGGGCACAUAUCUACCGCUACGCAGUGAACGAAGCGCUGAUGUACGGUAGACAAACUGAGCUCAGGUGUGACUUCCAAGGUUUUGAUGUUGGGAGAACAGAACUCAAAAGCGAACAAAAGCUACGGGUUCUGACAUGGUUUCAAACUGCUGUUUGUUGAUAGUGUUUUCUUUCUUUUCUUCUUGUCUUAUUUUGGGGCGGAGUACAAAAAUAAAUGCUGGACUCUCCUCUACAUGGACUCUGCCCUUUGAGCCUCCAGCUGUGAGCAGAGAUUCACAGGUUUGCUCUCAAACUGAUGGGGAAAAAUACUGACUUGAAUUUUAUCGCACACCGCAUCUCAGAAUGAAUGUUUUUCAAAAAGAUUUAAACAAAAAACAACGUUUUUUACAUUUCUUCAAAUUGUCGAACA